AUGGAUGCGUCACGAGGACCUACACAUCCUGACGGUGGACAAGUACAAGUACAGCACGGACGGUCGGCUGAGUGUGGCGUACGACGAGGAACAGCACGAGUGGCUCCUCAAGAUCCAGGGAGUGACACAACACGACGCUGGGAGAUACGAGUGUCAGGUGUCAACCAAACCGGUCCUUAGUUUCAUCGUCAAUCUGGAGGUCGUAGACGCCCCGCCCACCACCACGCCCUUCCCGAAGCUGCGAGACGCCGAGAAGCCUGCCGACGCCCCGCGGGCCGAGAAGCAAGUACCCAGCGCGACCAUCCUCAACGGGCCCGAGAUCUACGUACACCGGGGCUCUCUCAUUAACCUCACCUGUAUAGUGGACCACACCACCGAGCGGCCAUUGUACAUCGUCUGGUACCACUAUAACGAGGUGAUAGACUACGAGAGUGUGGGCGGGAAGGUGAUAGUGACACAGUCUGGCCACAACACCGUCAGUCACCUGUUGGUCGAGAGGGCCAAGUCCUCAUACUCCGGCAAGUACACCUGCCGACCCUCCAACGGUGAGGACGCCACCGUCAUGCUACACGUCCUUAACGGUGAGUCAUGA